AUGAAGUGCCCUGAAGCGCAUUGGUGCCAUAUUGGAGAGACCAACGAUACUACUGUCUGUUGUCCUAACGAAAUUUUGAUCUGGAAUUACACUGGAAUUAUCGCUUUAAUAGCACUUGAAAUAAAAUGCUCGAGAUAUUGCUGCAAUGUUUCUAUGCUAUAUGCCAUACCUCAGCUGUGGUGGAAAGCGGGAGCAGCCGGUAUUUCGUGCUUCUUAGUACAUCAUAAUGGAUAG